AUGGGUCGUGGUAUUGACGCCACGCACCUCUACGUAUCUCUCGCCAAGAAGUCUUCUCACAAAUUGUUAGGAGCGCUUGAUUCGAUCACCGAUUGCACUCGUCGGAAAAUAGAGCUUUCACAUCACGGCACCACACUAAAUCCACCUACUGCUUGCAAGAUUCAGAUGUUCCUCUUCAAGACGAGCGGUGAUGGGUUCCGAGGGAAUCAGAGUGCCGAGUCGCCAGGAGCAUGGGAAAGAUUGGAACCACUCCCGAAAGUCUUGAGCCAAGACUACAAGGAAACUGCGGAUACGGUAGAAGAGCCUUUACACGAAGUUUGUAAUCUAACUAGAUGCUUCAUACCAUACGCCUCCUCUCAUUCUCUGGGCGGCCCUUGCGAUCGGGGACUCCAUGCCAGGUCGGGCUACUGCGAGUACGGAUGGAAAUCGUCUGCGCUAACGGCCACCUUAGUACAGGCGGAGAAUAGACGGGGCGGUGCGAGGCAAGCUCCUAGGCUUCACGUCCUGCCUCUACUCUUUCAUUAUCCCGAGACGAACCCAUCGCAAGUUAAGCGGAGCCAGUGGCUGUAA